AUGCAAAGUUCCAUCACAUUUAGCCAAGCAAAUACUGUUGAUUAUAAAGCAUGUAAUUUUACAGAGGAAAAAGGAGAAGAUGCAGUUAAGAAACCCCAUUUGAACAAUAGAGAACACAUCCAACUUGAUUCUCAUAAUAUAUUGGAUAUGGAUGAUACUGCGUGCAACUCUGAGAAAGCAGAGAAUGGGAAUGAUUUAGUUGACAACCAGAAUUUUUUACAUGACAAAGCAAUACCUUUUGAUGUUAAAAUGAAUGACUCACUUCAUGAACAAAAAGUGCCAAAAGAAAUGAUGAAGAAAUUUCACAAGUCUAUGCAAUAUUGCAUAUAUCAGUGGACAGUUUGUCAUGAAGCACGGCCAUUACGCACCCAACCAAAGCAACCACAUAACUAUGUUUGUUCUAGAUGCUCAAGGGAUAAAAGUGGUCCCAAAAAGUUUUCCCAAGAGCUUUUUGUGUCAAGCAUGUCUAUACAAACCAAGAGGUGGUCAAAAAGCAUACAAAGGGCAUUUCAUAACUUUACCUCAAGAUGCACAACAGUUAGCUGAUGUACUACCACGAUGUCCACAAGAGCUACCUGUAAUUGUUUUUACUAUUGCUGGAAAAGAUAAUAAGUCCCGAGAUUUUUAAGUAAGAAGACAAAAGUUGCAGAUGCACUUUACUGGCUAGCUGGCACUAAUGAAAAUGCUGAGCCAAAUAAUCACUUAUACCAAAACAUAACAAUAGACAAUGAAAGACUUAAAGCGCUACCUGAAAACAACAAACUUUCUACAAUACCUAAAAUUGACUUGGCAGAAAACACUGAUAGUAAUGAGGACCAGGUAAACACUGAUGUUGGCCCGGUAGAUCCAGACUACAAUGAAAGAGUUUUCAAUAAUGAAAGUGGAAUGAGUAGUGUUCUUCCUACAAAUGUUAAUAGAAAGAAAGAAAAGGAUAUCAUCGGUGAAAAUUUCCUGGACCACACUAUUAAGCGUAAUUGGAAUGUAGGAAGUGAGCCUCUUAAUGAGUUCAGCGUACAGUACUUAGCUUCAAUGUCAUUUCCUACUCUAUUCCCAGACGGCAAAGGAGAUACAACCAAUAACGCUAUUAUUUACAAUACUAGUGAUAACAUCACAGAAGCGUUUGCAUUGAAACUAAAACAUUUGAUUAAAUUUGGUGAAAAUAUUGACGGAAAAUGGGUGUACAGGUUUGCAUCCCAUCCCAGGUUUGGAUAUUGGGCCUACGAUAUGUUGUACCGUAGACGAAUUUUGGGCCAGGGUAACUUCUUCUUGAAGCAAAAUCCAUCAGAAGCAAAUUUGACUCUAGAUGAUUUAAAACAGGUGUUGCAAUCAAACUCAUAUGAUUCAUUCAUGUCCAAAUUAAUGCACUAUGCUAAAAAUGUAACUGGCAUUAAUGCCUAUUGGAACAAAGCAAGAGAUAACUUGAAAGCAAUCAUUCAGCAGAAGAAAGCACCAACAAUAUUUUGGACGUUGUCAUGUGCUGAUUUCCAUUGGCCUGAGUUUCAUCAACUCUUUGCCACAAAUCAACUGACUGACUGUCAACGAAGACAAAAUGUAAUUAGUAACCCUCACCCACUUGAAUGGUUAUUCAAGUGACCCAAAUUUGUGUGAACUUUCUCAAAAAGCCCUUAGUGGUCACCUAGCAGCAAAAUCACUGAGAGAAGAUAAGACUAAGAGGUUCACAAACAAUGAUGUCACCAAAAGACAGCAAAUUGUGUGA